AUGACGACCGACCUGAUGGGAAUCAUACCUAGCGCAAGCCUUGUGCGAUUUGUCCCUAGAUCUAGCCCUUCAAAGAUCCUCAUCGGCCAACCAGCUGACAAGAACAUUGAUGUCGGUGCUGCCCUGCGCAAGGGUCAAGAGGUUGCUGUCAAUGUCUGGUCAGGCUCAUCAGUUCUGUCCCCAGGAUCAUCGACUGGUGCUACUGAGACUAUUGAUCGCGUCUUGUCUCCUCUUGCGCAGAACGAGAUUGGUACUGUGAGAUGUGUUGGUUUGAACUACAGAAAGCACGCUGCUGAGUGCGGACUUGAGCCCCCACCAAUUCCUGUUAUCUUCAUGAAGCCCAGCACAUCUCUUGUGGACCCCUGGCCUGCUAAGGGAAUUGUCCCCAAGCUGAGCCAGGUUGACGAGUCUGGCGACUACGAGGCCGAGCUGGCAGUUGUCAUUGGCAAGACCGCCAAGAAUGUUACUGAAGCUGAGGCUCUGGACUAUGUCCUCGGAUACACUGGCGCCAAUGAUGUUUCUAGUCGCACUCAGCAAUUGAACCAGUCUCAGUGGUCCUUCUCUAAGAGCUUUGACGGAGCUCUGCCCCUUGGCCCUACACUUGUCUUGAAGUCUUUGAUUCCGGAUCCCGCCAAACUUCAUAUGCGAGGUCUUAAGAACGGCGAGGUGUAUCAGGAGAGCGGAACUGAUGAUCUUAUCUUUUCUAUCCCCAAGAUCAUCAGCUGGUUGUCUCAGGGCACCACUCUUCCUCCUGGAACUGUCAUCGUGACCGGCACGCCCGCUGGUGUUGGAAUGGGCAGAACACCCAAGGACGCUCUGCGACAUGGUGACGAAUUUGCAGUUGAGAUUCUGCCUCACAUCGGAACACUGACCAACAUUUUCGAAAACGAGAAGAGUGGCUUUUUGACCAAGCUGUAA